UGAUGGAUGACCAUUAAUACACCUGUAUUUGCAUUUCCGCGGUAAAAAGACAAGCAGGGCUUUUUUUUUUUUUUUUCCAACACAGAAGAGAAGCACUUUGCCAAGUCUUUUCAAAACGUCAAUAUGCUUCCAUUAAUACCAAAGCCGAGAGAUUCCUCUUGAUUUCCAAAACUGUCUAGGUGGCCUGGGUGGUUUUCUGCCGGCAGCAGCCUCCUACCUUUAGUUUGUGUGCCUAUAUCCACGAGGGGGGAUUAAUUAGCCGGGUUGGAGCUGAAGGAGGCUGUCGUGACGAGCCCAGUGGCGAUUGGCCGCCAGCCUGCCUGGCCCUGCCUUUAUAAUUUCCACACGAGUGCAUCUGGGCUCUUAGACAAACCAACAGCAGCUUCUUCUGACACAGACACACGCACACUCACCCCCGACACACACUCCGCACACUUUUCCUCCGUCUGAUUAACAGUCCGGCAGACACGAUGAUUGCGGGAAGGCGUCAAUAAAUACGGAGAGGGCCGGUUAUUUUGGCUACGGGAGGAGCUUUGCUGGGUCUCGGCGCAACUUUUGUUUUCACUACUGAGAAGGUGAUCUCUCCUUGCGUUUCUCUCGCACAAGGAUCCUUUAAAGGAGGAAGAAAGACCGAGAGAGGGGGGUGGGGGGAGAGCAGGCUUUCACUUUCAGGCCGUCCGGGCUCAAAGAUAAAAGGAAGGGGGGAGAGCAGCGGGCUGGGAGUCCAGCGCGGCAGCACGUCGGAGAGCGUUUGGGUGCGUUUCUGAGCGCGGCGGCCCGUUUCUCCACCGAAGUUGGCUCCAGCUCUAGCAGCCGCAUUGGAUCCCACAGCUUACUGCGAGACUCCGGUGUACAAUCCGGAUCUCUGCCCCAACAUGAUCGCGGCCCAGGCCAAGCUGGUGUACCAUCUGAAUAAAUACUACAACGAGAAGUGCCAGGCCAGGAAGGCUGCCAUCGCCAAGACGAUCCGCGAAGUCUGCAAAGUCGUUUCCGACGUCCUGAAAGAAGUGGAGGUCCAGGAGCCCCGCUUCAUCAGCUCUCUCAACGAGAUGGACAAUCGCUACGAGGGCCUCGAGGUCAUCUCCCCCACCGAGUUUGAGGUGGUGCUUUACCUGAACCAGAUGGGGGUGUUCAACUUUGUGGACGACGGCUCGCUGCCCGGCUGCGCGGUGCUGAAGCUGAGCGACGGGCGCAAGAGGAGCAUGUCCCUCUGGGUGGAAUUCAUCACCGCCUCCGGCUACCUCUCGGCGCGCAAGAUCCGGUCCAGGUUCCAGACGCUGGUGGCCCAGGCGGUGGACAAAUGCAGCUACAGGGACGUGGUGAAAAUGGUGGCAGACACCAGCGAAGUGAAACUGCGAAUCCGAGAUAGGUACGUGGUGCAGAUCACCCCGGCCUUUAAGUGCACCGGCAUCUGGCCCAGGAGUGCUGCCCACUGGCCGCUUCCCCACAUCCCCUGGCCGGGACCCAACCGGGUGGCGGAGGUCAAAGCGGAAGGGUUCAAUCUCCUGUCCAAGGAGUGCCACUCCCUGGCCGGCAAACAGAGCUCGGCCGAGAGCGACGCCUGGGUGCUGCAGUUCGCGGAAGCGGAGAACAGACUGCAGAUGGGGGGCUGCAGGAAGAAAUGCCUCUCCAUCCUCAAAACCUUGCGGGAUCGGCACCUCGAACUGCCCGGCCAGCCCCUCAACAAUUACCACAUGAAGACUCUGGUUUCCUACGAGUGUGAAAAGCAUCCCCGGGAGUCGGACUGGGACGAGUCCUGCCUGGGUGAUCGGCUUAACGGGAUUUUGCUGCAACUUAUCUCCUGCCUGCAGUGCCGGCGGUGUCCUCACUACUUCCUCCCGAACUUAGAUCUGUUCCAAGGCAAACCUCAUUCGGCUCUGGAGAACGCUGCCAAACAAACGUGGCGACUGGCGAGAGAGAUCCUGACCAACCCGAAAAGUUUGGAGAAACUUUAGAGGACCGUUUUGUCAAGAGCCGAAAUGUGAUUGCUCUUCUCAAAGACCUACUUCGGUGUAAACUUCCUGGUCGAUUCCUAUCUAAUAUUCCACUUGUCAGUGCAAACAAUCUCUUCCUUAAAAAGGAAUAACAGUACAAUGUUUAGGCAUCAUCUCACCCACCCCUCCAAGGGGAGAAGAAGAAGUAGGGAAAGCGGAUAGAGAAAAACGCAAACCCACAAGUAUUAGAAGACUUCUUUUACAAAGGAUUUCUUAUCGUCCUCGAAAAGUACACAGUAACACCCGGAAAGCAACCCGGCUGUAAUGCAAGACCACAGAGAACACUCUGCCCAGCUAUCAAAGGAUUAUAGCAAUCCUGGUGAUUUAGGUGCAUCUGUCUGUGAGUAAACACCAUUUGGAUAUGCCAUCUGAAGGAAAGUGUAAUGUAUAUUUUGGUUUGUAACAAAUAUUGUGAUCUCACAUUGUCUUUGAACGUGUGGAUGUUGGUGUCUUGUGAUUUGGUGAACAGAAGUUAAAUUGCUGUUUUGGAUACUUCCAGACAUUUUCCGCUAACAAAGAUACCAUUUAAAGGUAGAUUUCCUCCCGGUACUUUUAUCUGUCUUUGAAAGUGUCUGAACUUUAAAAAAGUUUACAUUUUGUUUCAAAUAUAAUGCUUGUUCUAUUUCUAACAUUCCAUAAAUAUACUUGAAAUGUUAUUUAAAUAUAUUCAAAGAAAUUUGAAUUCAGCUUAUAUAAUAACGCUUGAAUAUCUGAAUUAUAUAUUUGAAAAUGCACUUGAAAUACACUGGAUAACUACUUUUGUGACUUAGAUUUUAAUUUCUGUUGCUGGUUUUUAUUUAAUUAGAAGCUAAUAAAUGAAGUAAAUAAAAGUUGUUGUGUCUCACUUUAAAUUGUUUUUCUAUCAAAAGAUGUAACGCUUCAUUUUGGAAACUGAACCCACCUGAGUAUCUUAAACAUUUUGAGGAGUGUGCUAAUGGAAUUAUUAAAAAUAAAACCUUAAAAUACCGGAGAAAACUCUUUGUACGGCUACAGAAGCUAAUGAUCUACUUAUAAGACUAUUUCUUUCUAUGACAGACAGAUUUAAAUCUACCCUUGAAAGUCUGCUCUUCUGGACUAGGUUCUGUAGCAUUUCUGAUAAUAUAAGGAAAAAAAUAUGUCAUGACAGCAAAGACUGUGGAGUUAAAAAUCUGACUCAGAGAAAGUGAACUCAAAGUCACAAUGAAAGUUUCAAAAUUUGUAUAUGAAAACUAACUAUGCUAAUAAAAUAAAGAUUAUUUCUGACCACUUUA